AUGGAGACUUUUGGGAAAAUAUUUUACAAACUGCAUGUACCCUUUACGAUAUGCUCAGCCAACAUUCCGAUUUCACCGGAUCUUCUAGAAACUGUCUUCGGUCACCCGGAUAAUGCGACGAAUGACGUGAAGCCAGCUCUUUCUCAGGCCGUGCCUGUAGCUCCAGGUUCAGUCAACCCUGCUUAUCCAAAACCUAUUGAGCAGUAUUACCCGGCGAUAGCUGAUUACGAUAAAUUCGAUUGGACGCUUACAAAGCGAGUAGCAUCAAGUUCUCAGGAAAAUUUUCUUUUAUCUCCAAUGGGCGUAAAACUUGCGAUGGCCAUUCUGAUGGAAGCGUCAACAGGAUCUACUCAUGCUGAGUUAUCAUCGGUUCUCGGUUUUGAUAACGACCGUCAAAUAGUGCGGAGAAAAUUUGGCUAUAUACUAAAUACAUUGAAAGCUCAGUCAUCAUUAAACGUUCUGGAUUUAGCCAGCAGAAUAUAUGUAGCAGAUAACAUAGCAACCAGCCAACAUUUCUCAGCGGUCGCCGAAACUUUCUAUAAGACUGAAAUCAAAAACAUAGACUUCAGCCACCCCGUCAAAGCUGCGUUCGACAUCAAUCAGUGGAUCAAUAUCACUACACACGGCAGGAUUCCCGGCCUUGUUAAUGCAGAUGACGUAUACAAGGCUUCAGCUUUCAUCUUAAACACGAUAUUCUUCGAAGGCACGUGGCUACAUCAGUUUGCACCAAACGUCACUAAGCCAGACUUCUUCUAUUUAUCAGCUACAGCCAAAAAGGAAACACCAUUUAUGAACAUAAGAGACAAGUUCUUCUUCGCUGAAUCUUCUAAGUUCAAUGCCAAAAUAUUAAGGAUGCCAUAUUUGGGCAAUGCAUUUGCAAUGUACAUCGUAGUUCCGAAUACUCUAACCGGUAUAACCAACGUAUUUAAUGAUCUAAGUGACUUACGAUCAGAACUUUACUAUCUCCAAGAGUACACUGUGGACGUGACACUACCGAAAUUCAAGUUUGAAUAUACAUCGCAACUGGAUGGCAUUCUCAAAGAAAUGGGAAUCAGACAAGUAUUCGAAGAUACCGCGUCUCUUCCUGGUAUUUCUAGAGGACAGAAUCUAAACCAAAGACUUAAAGUGUCCAGGGUUAUACAACGUUCAGGAAUUCAAGUGAAUGAAUUAGGCAGCAUAGCUUAUUCUGCUACAGAAGUCGCUCUCGAGAACAAAUUUGGAGGUGAAUCUGAAUACAAGGCGGAGGUGAUAGCAAACAAGCCUUUCCUAUUCUUCAUACAGGACGAAACAACGAAACAAUUACUAUUUACAGGGAGAGUGUCUGACCCAGCGCUAGUGGACGGCGUUUUAAAACUAGUAUAA